AUGAGAAAGAAAGUCUCUACUUUAUAGGAUUAUUAAGAAUGUAAAUAACAAAAUCUCUUAAAUUACCUCAGCAUUUUGGAGGAAAAGGAACAAGAGAAAUUAAUGGAAAAAUUGGAAUCCAUUAAUAUUAGAAAUCUAAUUGAUGUAAACUUAUUCUCUUAAUUUAAGGUCUAUAAUCAUUAUUAAGAAAAGUCCAAUUAAAAUCGUGAAUUGAAACCUAUCUAAAAUGUAUUGAGAGUAGAGUCUACUCCUAAAGAAACUCUUUAGUAGUAUCAAAAAUUGGGAGAAAGAUUAAUUUCAGAGGGGAAGGGUAUUUUAACAAUUUAAUAAUUAUUAAAGUUUGUGUGGCUAUGAUGGCAGGUGGAUAAGGCACUAGAUUAGGUUUUAAUAAGGCUAAAGGAAUGUAUGAUAUUGGAUUGCCAUCUCAUAAAACUUUAUUUCAAAUAUUUUGUGAACGUAUUUUGAGUUUGUAGAAUAUGAUCUAAUAAAAGAUUGGAUAAUGUUUACCAAUUCAAUUUUUUGUUAUGACUUCUGAUGUAAAUCAUGAAGAAACAACUCAGUUUUUUAUUGAUAAUAAUUACUUCAAUCUUCAAUCUGAUCAAAUAACAUUUUUUUAAUAGGAUUCUUUACCUAUAUUGUCAAUAAAUGGAGAAAUCAUGUUAAGCGAUAGUACAUCAAUUUUAGAAGGACCUGAUGGUAGAAUAUUGUUAUUAUUCUUGAAAAGGAAAUGGUGGUAUAUUCAGCAGUCUUUACAACCAGGGUUAUUUGGAUUAUAUGAAAUGUUUAGGCAUUAAAUAUAUUCAUAUAUGUCCAGUAGAUAAUGCACUUUGUAAAUUAUGUGAUCCAAUUUGGAUUGGAUAUUAAGAAGAAAAUAAUUUAACAAUAUGUAGUAAAUUUGUGAAGAAAGCAUAUGCAGAGGAGAAGGUAGGAAUACAUGCAUUAAUAAAUGAUAAACCUUGUGUAAUAGGUUAAUAUAUAAAUUUAGAUUAGAAUAUAGUGAAAUGACAUAAGAAGAUUUACAUAAGAAGAAUUCUUAAGGAUAAUUACUUUAUGAUGCAGGUGGUAUAGCUUAAACGAUUUGUACUGUUGAAUUUGCUCAUAAGAUUAUUGAAGAUCCUUAAACAAGUAGUUUAUUGGCUGCUAAGUAAUAAAUAUAAUAUAAAUUAUUAGUUAUCAUGUAGCAUAAAAAAAAUAUGAUUAUUAUGAUUUAAAUUAAAGAUAGAUUAUUAAAUCAUAAUAGAAUAAUGCCUUUAAAUUUGAGUUAUUUUAUUUUGAUUGUUUUCCUUUAUGUACAAAAGAAGAAUUUGGAUUAAUUGAAGUAAAAAGAGAAGAUGAAUUUGCUCCAGUUAAAAAUGCUCCUGGUGAAAAAAGUGAUACACCAGAAACAGCUAAAAAAUUAUAUUUAGAUAGAGAUUUAAAAUGGAUUAAAAAUUAUGGUUUUUAAUUUAUUCAAUAAGUUGAAAUUUCUGCUAAAAUUACAUAUUUUGGGGAAGGCCUUGAAAAUAUAUUACCAAAAUAUUAAGGAAAUAAAUAAAAUCCACUUAUAAUAACAAAUGAUAGAUUAUCAGCAUAAAAGACUCCAUAAUUAGUCAAAUAACCUUAGCCAAAAUAAUAACCAUUAUAACAACCAUAAUAAUAAUAACCAUAAUAAUAAUAAUUAAAGAAAUAACCAUAAAAAUAAUAAUAAAAAGGAGGAGUUUAAAAUUAAUAAAUAUAUCCUUAAGUAGUUUAUAAUUCAUUAAUUAAUUCAGCACAUCCUUCAAUAUUAUAACCCAAUUAUUAUCCAUAUUAAUCAACACCUUAGAACUCAAAGAAUAUUUUAGUUUAAGAGAAUCCAAUCCAUUAAACUUAAAUAUUUAAUCCUAGAUUAUCAAUGUAACAUCAAACAACAUCAUAAUAAUAAUUAAAAUAAAUAAAAACAAGUGCAUUCCCUACACCAACAAUUUCAACUGUUACUACUCCAAAAUUAAUUACUCCUUAAACUAGAUAUCAACCUAUAAUGUAUUCAUAAAACCUUCCCAAUUGUAAAUAAAGUAUUAUUCAACCAGUUCAAAUCAAUUAAUCUUUAUCUCCAUAAAGAGUUACAUCAUAUUUCUAAUCAAGAGCUGUGACUGUACAAAGACCUACAAUGUUUACAUAAUAACGUCCUUUGAUUUUAUCAGCUCAAAUAUAUAUACCAAUAACAUAAACAAUCAAAAAAUGA